AUGUCUGCGGAGAGCGCGGGGCCGGGGUCGGGGCCGCNGGCGGGGCUGGGCGGCCGCUGCCGGGGGCACCGCAUCCGCCGGGCCGAGGAGCGCGCGGAAGAGCUGCGGAACAAGAUUGUGGACCAGUGUGAGAGGCUGCAGUUUCAGAGUGCCAGCAUCACCAAGUAUGUGGCUGAGGUCCUCCCAGGGAAGAACCAGAGAGCAGUGAGCAUGGCCAGCGCGGCGCGGGAACUGGUCAUCCAGAGGCUAGGUGUGGUGAGGAGUCUGUGUGAGAGCGAGGAGCAGCGCUUGCUGGAACAGGUGCAUGGCGAAGAGGAGCGGGCCCACCAGAGCAUCCUGACACAGCGAGUCCACUGGACUGAGGCGCUGCAGAAGCUCGACACCAUCCGGACCAGCCUGGUGGGCAUGCUCACUCAUCUGGAUGAUCUCCAGCUGAUUCAGAAGGACCAGGAGAUUUUUGAGAGGACCGAGGAAGCAGAGGGCAUUUUGGAUCCCCAGGAGUCGGACAAGUUAAACUUUAAUGAGAAGUGCAUUCGGAGCCCACUACUUACCCAACUCUGGGUGACAGCGGUUCUCGGGUCUCUCUCAGGCACGGAGGACGUGCGUAUCGACGAGAGGACCGUCAGCCCCUUCCUGCAACUGUCAGAUGAUCGAAGGACCCUGACCUUCAAUGCCAAGAAGUCCAAGGCCUGUGCAGAUGUCCCCGAGCGCUUUGACCACUGGCCCAAUGCCCUCGCGGCCACCUCCUUCCAGGCGGGGCUGCACACCUGGAUGGUGAAUGUCCAGAACAGUUGUGCCUACAAGGUGGGUGUGGCCCUGGGCCAGCUGCCCCGCAAGGGCUCCGGCAGUGACUCUCGUCUGGGCCACAACACCUUCUCCUGGGUCUUCUCCCGCUACGACCAGGAGUUCCGUUUCUCCCACGCCGGGCAGCACGAGCCCCUGGGGCUGCUGCGCUGCCCCACGCAGCUGGGUGUGCUUCUAGACUUGCAGGCGCACGAACUGCUCUUCUAUGAGCCGGCCUCAGGCACGGUGCUCCACAGCCACCACGCGCCCUUUUCAGGGCCCCUCUUCCCAGUCUUUGCGGUGGCCGACCAGACCAUUUCCAUCAUCCGCUGACCCGUGGCCACCGGGCGUCCCGGUCUACUCCCCAC